UAUUUUGUUACAAAUUUUGCAGUUACUUUCUCUUUAAACCCUAAUAUAUCAAAAUUCUAACUACCAAAACCCCCGUUUAGAGAAAAAUCAGAAGAAGAAAUUGGCAAUGGAUGCAAAGAACAGGAAGAAGAUGAACAAGGAACAAGAAGAAGAAAAAGUAAAAGAAACCAAAAAGAACAAAAAUUCCGAAUUAUUUGCAUCUUGUUCUUUCUCCAGUCUCGGUCUCCACCCCGCUCUCUGCGACCAGCUUCAAGAGAAAAUGAGCUUUGAAGCUCCAACGAUUGUGCAAGCUCAAGCUAUUCCUGUUAUUCUCUCUGGCCGUCAUGUACUUGUUAAUGCUGCUACUGGCACUGGCAAAACUAUUGCUUAUUUAGCCCCAAUUAUCCAGCACUUGCAGAGUUAUAGUCCUAAAAUCGAGCGCGCUCAUGGAACUUUUGCGCUGGUCCUUGUACCUACGCGUGAGUUGUGCUUACAGGUUUAUGAGAUUUUGCAAAAAUUGUUGCACCGUUUUAUUUGGAUUGUUCCGGGGUAUGUCAUGGGUGGCGAAAGUAGGGCAAAGGAGAAAGCUAGGUUGCGGAAAGGUAUAUCUAUUCUUGUUGCAACUCCUGGGCGCCUUUUAGAUCACUUAAGAAAAACAGCAUCCUUUGUGCACACAAAUAUGCGAUGGAUAAUCUUUGAUGAAGCAGAUAGAAUUUUGGAAUUGGGAUUUGGGAAGGAAAUAGAGGAUAUACUGGAUCUUUUGGGCUCUAGGCUAACUGGGACUGCUCACAAGGGAAAUCAAGAGCCAUGCUAUCAAAGGCAAAAUCUGCUAUUAUCAGCUACAUUAAAUGAAAAAGUAAAUCAUCUUGCUAAAAUUAGUUUGGAAAAUCCUGUCAUGAUUGGUCUUGAUGACAAGAAGAUGCAACCUGAUCUUGAACAUACUGAAGCUGUAGAAACUGACAUGGAUGAUGAACUAGAACAUCCCACGAAAAUAAUCAAGUCUUCAACUGGAGAUUUUAAAGUUCCAGCUCAGUUGGUUCAGAAAUAUGUGAAAGUUCCCUGUGGUUCACGGCUGGCAAUGCUGCUUUCAUUUCUAAAACAUCUUUAUGAUAAACAAGCUUCUCAAAAGAUCGUGGUGUUCUUUUCAACAUGUGACGCAGUAGAUUUUCAUUUUUCUUUGUUGAGUGAGUUCCGCUUCUCAUCCAGUUUACAAUCAGACACUGAGGCUGCAGAGAAGUUUUUGAGAUGCAAAACUUUUAGGCUACAUGGAAAUAUGAAACAGGAAGAUCGUAGAAACACGUUCCAAGCCUUCAAAAGUGAGAAAGUGGCUCUUCUGUUAUCGACAGAUGUUGCUGCUAGAGGCUUGGAUUUUCCUCAAGUUAGGUUCAUCAUUCAGUAUGAUUCUCCAGGAGAAGCUACUGAAUAUGUUCACAGGGUCGGUAGGACUGCUCGGUUGGGUGAGAUGGGAGAUUCUUUGCUAUUUCUACAACCAGUCGAAGUCGAUUAUAUAAAGGACCUGGAGAAACAUGGCGUAUCACUGACGGAGUAUCCCGUCCUUAAAAUGUUGGACAGCUUGUCUUUGAGUGGGCAGAUGCACCGGCACAAGAAGUUUGUUUAUUUGGACUCUCAUCCUUGGGUGCUAACUCUGCAGAAAGCUCUUGAAUCUUUUAUUGCAGCACAACUUAAGAUGAAUAAAUUGGCCCAGAAGGCGUAUCUCUCUUGGCUACGAGCAUACACAGCCCAUCGUGGAGAUCUGAAAAGAAUUUUUACAGUACAGAAACUUCACUUGGGGCACGUUGCCAAAAGCUUUGGCUUGAAACAACAGCCCUCUGUGGUUGUAAAAACAUUUCAAAAUGAAUCAAAGAAGAGGAAGAGAGAUGAGAAGCAAAAGGGCCUGUCCAAAUCGAGGAAGCUCACUCGUAAAACAUAAAUCAUUUUCUUCGCGAGAGCUACAAAAAAUCCACCCUAGCUUUCAUCUCCCGAUGUCAGGGUCGACCCAACAGAGUGGUUUUGCUGCUGUUUAUAGCAAAACUGUUCCAGUUCCAACACUCAACCUUACUAUAUACUAUAUUUAAUGGACGAGCCGUUUCAUCACAUUAGGCGUCAACUGGGAAACUAAUUUUUGUGUGGCACUUCUAUAGACGGAUGCUGCUCUGUGUUGCAAUUUACAGGCACCCUAAAUGGAGUAGUUGAAGAUGGCAAUUGUUCAGCAUUUUGUUUAGUUAAUUUGCAAUGAACAAUCGUAUAUCUUAUGCUUAUAGGCUAUUGAUAAUUAUUUUUGAAUCAAAAUCAUAAGAGAAUGAUAAAUGUCAUGAAUUUAUUCUUGUACUCAGGUAACUGUAAUUUAAUACCUGCUGAUUAUGUAUUACAGGAUCCUACUGAAUUCUUCAAAUUUCACAUACAUGCGAUAUUGAUUUGUCCAAGCAAACACACGAUUCUUGGAUUUA